UAAGCUAAAAACAUGAAUCAAAACAGCACUGAAAAAAUAAACCAAACACUAUUGAAUAAUUAUAUAAUCAGCUUAGUCUAAAAAUAAUUAUAUUUUAAUGGAAAAGUGUACAUUAUUAGCAUUGUACCAGCCAUAAGGUUGGGUCAAGCAAAAUGGAAGACUAUUAGAUAAUCCAUUCCCAAGAGACAAUACACAAACUAAUGGAGUCAUUGUAUAUAAGGAAGCGCUCACCCACUGUGUUUUCAUGUCAACAAGUUCUCACAGCCUUUGAAUUAACUGUUAUUGCUUUAAGGUUAUAUUACCAUGGGAUCCUCUCCAAGAAGUGUUUACCUAGGUCUCUCAUUGAUUCUAUUGACCUGCUUCAUUAUAGCAGUGCAGGGACAAUAUCCCACGAGGCAUUUUCUACAGCGUCCAUUGCCACCGCCUCGUCGUCUUGAUUCAGAGUUUCAUCAAUCAUCACUAACACACAUUAAGGUCACAUCUAAUAUACCAGUGAGGUCACGCUCUGGUCUACGUCCUCCUAGUAGACGACCCCAACCAGCAAGAGAAUUAAAUUACAUACAAAAUAGACGUCCAUAUGACAAUAACAGACGUCCAUAUGACAAUAAUAGACGUCCAUAUGAUACUAAUAGGCGUCCAUAUGAUACUAUCAGACGUCCAUAUGACACUAAUAGACAUCAUCCACAAAACCCGUUUCAACGUCAUAGUCAUUCACAUGAUCAGCGUCCAUAUUUACCUCGGCCUCCAGUACAUGUAGGUCCUUACCCAACAGUACGUGGUAGAGUGUAUCCACUUCCUCCUCCAGUUCCGGCUCCUUAUACAACCAUUAGACGCUGUAACAGAAACCAGCAAUGUCCCUCAGGCAAGACUUUUGAUUACAAUCAGUGUAAGUGUGUCUGUAUUGUACAAGUGACCACAUGUCCUGGAGCAAUGAACUAUAAUUCCGACACUUGUAAAUGUGAGUGUUCAUCUCGUUUGGUCUGUAAUCAGUACCAGAGGCGUAACGAUGCUCAAUGUCGCUGUGAUCCCAUUCAUUCUCCACCUCAUCCUCCAACCACAACAGUCACUACGUCAUCUUGUCCUGCUACUUCUCGUUAUCUUUGCAGCCCAAGACAGAUUCUCAAUCUUAGGACAUGCCAGUGCCAGUGUCCACGUUUCUCUGCCAACAGGUGCAGCAGUCUUCAAGUCCUUGAUCAAAGGACAUGUCAGUGUGUCUGUCGAAACAGGUCAGGGAGGUGUCCUUAUGGGAAGAUAAUGAAUAGGAACACUUGUCAGUGUGAGUGCCCACUGGUUCUUACUAUUCGGUGCUACUAUCCAAGGAGAAUGGAUCCAAACACUUGCAACUGUCGCUAAGAGUGUAACUGAACAAAAAUUAUAUAA